AUGGCGGUGCAAGCGGCGCUCCUGAGCACUCAUCCGUUCGUGCCCUUCGGCUUCGGGGGCCCCCAAGAUGGGCUGGGGAGCGCCUUCGCAGGCUUGGACAAGGGUUGCUGCUUUGAGGAUGAAGAGACUGGGGCGCCCACGGGCGCGCUGCUGUCGGGAGCCGAGGGUGGAGACCUGCGCGAAGCCACCCGCGACCUCCUCAGCUUCAUCGACUCGGCGUCCAGCAACAUCAAGCUGGCGCUGGAUAAACCUGGCAAGUCCAAGCGGAAGGUGAACCAUCGCAAGUACCUGCAGAAGCAGAUCAAGCGCUGUAGCGGCCUCAUGGGCGCCGCGCCCCCCGGCCCACCCUCCCCGGGAGCCGCCGACACGCCCGCCAGGCGGCCGCUCGCGUCCCCCAGCGCCGCUGCCCCGGCCUCGGGCAAGGCCGCCCCCCGGCGGGAGGCGGCGCAGGCCGCGGCGGCCGCCAACCUGCAGAGCCGGAGCCUGGCCGCGCUCUUCGACUCGCUGCGCCAUCUCCCCGGGGGCGCCGAGCCCGCCGGCGGGGCGCUGGCCGUGCCGGAGCCCGGGCUGGGGGCAGCGAUCGCCGGCGGAGCAGGUAGGGACGCGGCCGGCCCGGCGGGGGGCACGCCAGCCCCGGGCGCCAGGAAGGUUCCGCUGCGGGCUCGCAACUUGCCACCGUCCUUCUUCACCGAGCCGUCCCGCGCGGGCGGAGGCAGCAGCGGGUGUAGCCCGUCGGGGUCCGGCGUGAGUCUGGGAGACCUGGAGAAAGGGGCGGAGGCCGUGGAGUUCUUCGAGUUGCUGGGGUCCGACUAUGGCACGGGCGCGGAGGCGGGCGUCUUGCUGGCCGCGGAGCCUCUCGACGUGUUCCCCGCCGGGGCCGCGGUCCUGCGGGCACCUUUGGAGCUGGAGCCUGGCCUCUUUGAGCCACCACCGGCAUUAGUGGGGAACCUAUUGUAUCCCGAUCCUUGGAGCACCCCAAGUGGUCCCCCGACCAAGAAAUCGUCCCUGACCGCAGCCCGCGGUGGCUUGACCUUGAACGAGCCCUUGCGGCCCCUCUAUCCCGCCGCCGCCGCCGCGGACGCUCCGGGCGCGGAGGACGGGCCCGGCCACUUGGCCUCCUUCGGCCCCUUCUUCGCCGAUUGCGCCCUGCCGCCCGCGCCCCCUCAGGUGUCCUACGACUACAGCGCCGGCUACAGUCGCACGGCGUACGCCAGCCUUUGGAGACAGGAUGGGGUUUGGGAAGGGGCGCCCGGGGAAGAGGGGACACACCAGGAUUGACUGCGGGGUACCCUGACCACCCAUCAGAACUGUUGUGGGGAGCGCCCCCGUCUGGGUCUCUCCUAAACCCCGGAGAACGAUGGGAAAAAUGCACAUGGAGGUGAAGACGGAUUUUAAAAAAAUGAUUCAAUUAAUAAAAGGAACUUCAGAAAAAAGAAGAGGAAUUUGGGGAGUUGUUUUCAUAACAGCGUCGUUUGGUUUCAUCGUGAUUAAAGCCAUCGUUAAAUUCCUUGUGGAUCAGAGGAAUCCAAGAAAACAAACAAAAACAAACAAGGUUGGUUGGUCGUGGCCAAGGGGACCCGAGGUGGCUUCUGUGGCCACCUGUUCCGUCUCCAACCUUUCAGCAAAGAGCGCAGAAAUUCGUGUAGUUCACUCUUCUGAAGUGUGCGCUGGUCCUUCCCCUUUGAAUGCAUCA